AUGAAUAUUACUAAUUAUUUCGAGCAAUUUGGGUAUUCAGAUAGUAAUGGAUCAUCAUUAACAGAAACCAAUGAAGCAUUAAUAAGGUUUCAAGAAUUCUACAAUUUACCAACUGAUGGAACUUUGAAUCAGGAAACACUUGAUUUAAUGAAAACACCCAGAUGUGGUGUCAAAGAUAAUCCAACAGCUUAUAGAGUUUAUUAUCAAAAAUGGAAUAACACAAAUCUUAAAUGGUAUUUUUCGUUAGCUACAAACGAAAUGAAAGAAUUAGCAGAAAAAGCCUUUGAUCAAUGGAAAUCUGUUUCAAAUUUAAAGUUUAAUUACAAUAGCGUUAAACCGGACAUACUUAUUUCAUUUUCUAAUACGCUGUUUCAACAUAAUCAUAAUUCACGGUGUCAACAAGGAAUAUGUUCUAGCAGUUUUGAUGGAAAAGGUAAUGUUUUAGCACAUGGCUUCUUUCCAAAUAAUGAUGAAUGUCUAGGAAUUCAUUUUGAUAAAUCAGAAAAUUGGUAUUUUGGGGAAUCAGGCAAUACACCUGAUGGCCAAACUAAUUUUUAUACAGUAUUAUUACAUGAAAUCGGACACACAUUAGGUACUGAACAUUCUGCAAAUAAUAAUUCAAUUAUGUACGCCUAUUAUAAAGGUGAUAUUGAUAAAUUAACUCAAGACGAUAUGUGGGCAAUUCAAUAUUUAUAUGGAAGACCUGAACGAUUAAAAUAUGAAUUAAUACCAACAACAACAACAGUUAAACCUACUGUAAGACAAAGCGUCCCUGAAGGUCAGCCUAGAGGUAUAUUCGAAUCAUUAAAUUCGGGCGAAGCCCUCAUGAGCGAAGCGAAAUUUGAACUGUUGUGCUUAACAUACCCAUCUACAUAA